ACGGAAGUGUCGAAAGAAAGUGCCAUUUAGCAGAAAAUAAGUCCAGUGAAAAAAAGAAUAUAAAAAGUGCAAUAUUUGUAGGGGGAUAAUGUCGCGAAAUCAAUUGCCGGAUUCGUCCUCAUCGCCGCCCAUUAGCCAUUUACCCUUUCACAACUUUGACGAUGAUCUGAUCAACGAUCUGCCGUCCUGCAUUUAUGCUGGCCAGCAUCAAGGGGGAAGUGCCGCCGGAACAGGAGGUGGUGGCGGGUCAGGUGGAGGCGGUGGCAACUCGGGGCUGCGUCUCAGCUCGAAUAAUCUGCGCCACAUCCAGCAGCAUUACCUGCAGCACAGCGGAGAGAACCUCCUAGAUUCCUCGACAAAUUCCAUGGGAGUGCACAAUUCCGGCGGUGGAGCACCCUUAAUGUGCAACAGUCCCAGUGCCAGCAGCAGCGGAGGAGGAGGAGGAGGCGGCAACGGAGGCUCAGGCACUCCAGGCGGAGUGGGCGGCGGUGGCCCCAAUCCCGGAUACGGUUCCGUGGGAGCAGCAGCUGCGUCCAGCUACAAAAUGCAACGACAGGCGGCCAAUGUGCGGGAAAGGAAACGCAUCCAGAGGUCCGCACCAACUGGUAGCAUCAAUUCCGCCUUUGACGAGCUGCGGGUCCAUGUGCCCACCUUUCCGUACGAGAAGCGUCUAAGCAAGAUUGACACUCUUCGCCUGGCCAUAGCCUACAUAUCCCUGCUGCGUGAGGUACUCCAAACCGACUACGAUCCGCUGACCUAUGUGGAGAAGUGUCUGCGGGGCGAGAUCAAAGCGGAUCGCGCCAAUUGGAAUACAAGUGAUCUCACAGCUCGCUUGUCCUGGAUCAAUUGGGAGAAUCUGGGCGUCCAUCCGGGUCGGCGAACACUGCUCACCUCGCUGGCCCUGUCCUCGGAGCCCAUGUGCGGAGCUCACUGUGGAAUGCCAUAAAGUCAUAGUCCUAGACCGGCUUACAAUGGAGUGCAAUCCAGUGCUGAAAGCA